AGUUAACGCUAUAUAUAUGGACCAAAUAAACAUCCAAACCGAAACUUUAUUUUGUCGAGGCCACCCAAAAUCCAUCUCUCGGUAGCGUAUCCAGAUAAGGAAAGAGACAAGGGACAAAAAGCUAAGAGACCACUAUAAUGGCUGGAAAAAGCGAAGAAGGAGGCUUUCCUUCUGUUUCCUGAAAAACCUAUAUGAUGAAUGAACAUGAAAGCCGAGGAAGAGGAUGACCACGUCGAAAAAAAAAAAGAAAAAUAAACAACAAAACCCCACCGACGCUGAAUUUUCCAUUAUAAACAAAAACCUCCCCUAUAAAAUGCAAUUAUUUCCAUAAAAAAAUGCAAGAUCGAAACCCAAAUCAUCUAGACUCGACGUUGUCGCCCAAUGCUGACAACAAUCAUCCCCAACGAAAGUCCUUGCACCGACGAGCAAUCUCGGAGGUCCAAUUUUGCAUUCCUCAAGACUUGGAUCUCGCCCUCAUCGUCGAUGACCCCGCUUCUGCUACCUCAUUUGACGACCUUGGAUCCGAAGAUGAUCUCUUCUACACCUACAUGGACAAGGGGAGCCUUGACGCCACACAUGGCUCCCUUACCUUUGAUAGAAAAACUGAAAAUGGGGAGAAUCUGAAUUCUUACAGUAGUAGUGGCGGGCUCGAGGCAGGUAACAAGACUUCUUGUCUAAAAGGAAAGCAUCGACAAAGCAAUUCCAUUGAUGGGUCUUCCAUUGUAGAGUCCAUCGAGGCCAAGAAAGCUAUGGCUCCUGAUAAACUUGCUGAAUUGUGGAAUGUGGAUCCAAAACGAGCCAAAAGGAUCAUUGCGAAUCGCCAAUCCGCUGCACGUUCUAAAGAGAGGAAAGCUCGUUAUAUACUUGAACUUGAAAGGAAAGUGCAUACCUUUCAAACAAAUGCAACUACUCUUUCUACCCAACUCUCAUUAUUCCAGAGAGGUACAUCUGGUCUAACCAACGAGAAUACAGAGCUCAAGCUUCGGUUACAAGCCAUGGAACAACAGGCUCAAUUGCACGAUGCUGUGAAUGAUGCAUUGAGGAAGGAAGUAGAGAGGCUGAAGCUUGUAACCGGAGACAGAAUGACUCAAGUAGUGGAUCCUUUCUACAAUGGAGUGAACCAUCUCCCUCACAAUAAUCAUCAUCAACCAAAUUUCUUCCCAAUCCAACCGCAGCUUGGACAUGUAAUAAGCAACAUGAAUCAUGUUCCACAGUAUCAUCAUCCUUUCAUGCCCACUAAUAAUGUGCCAGCUUCACAUGGGCAUGCUGUAGCUGCUUCUGGGCCUAAUUAUGGACCUGGUUUCUCAGAGAUGUUGCCACACGAUCCAAUUGGGCGUCUCCAAGGGCUUGAUAUCAGUAGUGGAAACUAUGUUGUGGUAAAAUCUAAAGGUCCCUCUAUUUCUGCUAAUGAGAGCAGUAGUGGCUAGAGACAUCACAUAAUUCUUUCUAGUUUGUUGGCCCCCUUGCCCACUUUUUGACCUUGUACGGACCUUGAUGGCUAACCUAAUUUGACAUUUAAUUUACAUUUGUGUAAUUAAUGUAAUAUAUACUAGUUUUCUACCC